AUGAGCAGCACGAAGCCCGUGAGCGAUGCCAGCGCCGUCAAGUUCGUCGAGCUGGAGAAGGAUGGCUCCUUCGAACGGAAGGCGUCAUCAUUCCGGAACUUCAUUGAGAAAGGCGGGCAGUUCAAGCCAGAGAAAGUCGGUACAAAUUCAUGGGCAACGAGGACGUUGAUCGUGCGCAAGCUGAAGGGCCUUGAGGAUUUUAUCGAUGUUCUGGUCGUAGCGCCGCCCACGGGAUGGGAAAGCAUGCCUGCAGCGAGCCCGGAUACUUUCCCGGGCCCUGGUUGCGAGCCUGUGUGCAAAUACGAGGAGUUCAAAGGCCGCUACUUGCAAGCAGAGCCCAAUUAUGAGGGUCGGUUCACUGUGCCGAUGCUCUGGGACACAAAGACCGAAACUGUUGUGAACAACGAGAGCUCGGAGAUCAUCCGCAUGUUCAAUAGGGAGUUUAACGAGUUUCUCCCCGCAGACAAAGCGGCUGUGGACCUCUAUCCCGAACAUCUCCGCGAAGAGAUCGAUUCCAUCAAUGAGUGGGUGUAUGACACCGUCAAUAAUGGUGUAUACAGGGCAGGGUUUGCGGGCUCUCAGUCGGCGUACGAAGCGGCCGUCACCCCGCUGUUCGAGUCCCUCGACAGACUAGAGAAGAUCCUUGCUGGAAGAGACUACCUUGUUGGAAAUCAGCUCACAGAGGCGGACGUCCGCCUCUUCGUCACAGCGAUUCGCUUCGACGUGGUUUACUACGGCCACUUCAAGUGCAACGUGCGCAGUAUCCGCGGGGGCUACCCUGCUAUCCACCUGUGGCUGCGCAAGUUGUACUGGACGAACCCGGCGUUCUCCUCAACCUGCCGUUUCGACCACAUCAAGACACUCUAUUACUGGUCCCAAGUUAAUGUGAAUCCACACAGGAUAGUUCCGGUCGGUCCUGUCCCUGAUAUCGUACCCCUUUGA